UCAGCACAAGCAACCACUAAAGUUUUCUGAUUUCUGUCCAUUAAAAAAAGCCAACUUUUCUAAACAAUACAACGUUUGAUCCAGAAGAGACAUGGUUUGCUUCUGUUUUCUGGUGGAUCAGAGGAGGAAGGUGCGGCGGAGCAAGCCGGCGGCGGGGACGUGCUCGCGGUGCGGCGGCGGAGCCAGCGUGGCUGAGAUGAUGACACAAACCAGAUUUUGCUACGUUCCCUUUUACUCCAAAUCGUGGAAAGCUAUCAUAUGCACUUUUUGUGGAGCCACUCUUAAAUCUUACAGAUGAGCACCAUUUUCUACGUAUAUGAUAUAUACCUUCUAAAUCUACUUUUCAGAUGCUAAUUUCCUUCUACCCUCGAAUGUGAUAAUAUUCACAUAUUAAGAAUUUAGAUACUAGCGGAGGGAUUUACGUUUAUAAUUAAGGUUUAUCGGUUUUAUGUUCUUGUGCUGACUCGUGGAUAUAUAUACAUGCUUAUAAUGUAUAUUUGCUUUUUUUUUUUCUUCAUUUUUUUAAGGUACUAGUACUUAAUAUUGAAUUCUUCUGUUCUAUUUUCUUGUGUGUUC